AUGAACCCAAUGCCAGAGAUGUCGAGCGACGGCGACGAGACGCGGCGUUAUGUUGGAAGGAUAAAGAGUGUGGGUGACAUGUAUGGGUUCAUCAAGUGCCUAGAGCUUUCAAGUGUCUAUUCCAGGGACAUUCAUGUCGUACAUGGCGACUACGCCGGAAAGUGGACCGUUGGCACACUUGUAAGUUUCACAGUGGCGGUCAACGAGAAAGGAAGACCGCAAGCAAGAAACGUGCAAGAUGAGCCAGAUGAUGGGAGCGUUCCAGAACCUCCUGCGCCCGAGGAGCCGAUUCACCGAAGCUCCUCCACGGACUUGGCAGUCUCUCCCACAAGCGAGCCGCCACGGAUUUCGCAGCCGCCGACCCCGAUGACCCCGAUCAUGCCUCCACAGCGGACUCGAGGGAAUUCUGCGAGUUGGGCCGACAUGGUAGAUGAUGAUGACAAUGAGGAGCCUGAUGAUGGGAAGCAGGAGGAGCAGGAGGAGGAGGAGGAGCGAUCGCAGUCGGGACUUCCGGAGUCUCCGGAGGUGUCGGAAGCACCCAGCCCUGUGCCUGCACACGGUUCCACGAAAAGCUUCACCGAGCUUGUGGAGGCUACGUUGACCCUCGCUGGGUGCUUCGGUGCUUUUGUGCUUGCGUUCAUCUGCCUGCAGGAGUUCAACUUGGACCGGAACCUGCAGGGAGCUGCUCUGUUGGCUGCGGUCGAAUCAGCGAUAGCGGACAACUAUCCGCAGACGGUGGAUGCGCCACCGUCACGUGCAGAGCACCUGGAAACACCUACGGCCACGCAAAUGAGGCAGCAGGGCAACAGGCGCGACGAGUGUUUUCUGGAUGAGAGGGCCCUGCAACUUGUUUGCCUGUGCUGCAGGUUCCUUUCCUUGCCAUUGGUGGCAAUAAGCUUUGGCUGCCGUGGCCCCGCCUGCUGUCAUGUCUGUCGUACGGCCUCGCAGAUGGUGCUACAAAGUCCUACGUAG